AUGCGUCAAAUCCUCUGGAUGUUGAUAGUGAUAUGCUGCUUUAACACGGCUCGUCCUUUCUGCCCGGCGCAGUGCACUUGUGUUUUCCAUGGACGUAGCGAUGGAACUGGAACCAGGACUGUGCUCUGCAAUGACCCCGAUAUGUCCGACAUCCCCGUAAACGUCCCAGUGGACACCGUCAAACUCCGGGUGGAGAAGACUGCUGUCCGCCGAGUGCCGACGGAAGCAUUUUACUACCUGACGGAGCUCCGUUACCUAUGGAUCACAUACAAUUCUAUCACUUCAGUGGACACGGGCAGUUUCUACAACCUCAAACUCCUCCACGAGCUGAGACUGGAUGGCAACAUGAUCUCUAUGUUCCCCUGGGAGUCCCUCAAGGAGACGCCCUUGUUGAGGACCUUAGACCUGCACAACAACAGGCUCACCAGCCUUCCUGCUGAGGCCAUUCCCUACCUGGUGAAGAUUACAUACUUGGAUCUAUCCAGCAACAAAUUAGCUACCCUGCCCUCGGACCUCAUGGAUAUCUGGCCACCGUUUAACGGCGAACUGGUCACAGCGAACACCUCCCAAAAGGUGGUGCUGGGCCUCCAAGACAACCCCUGGAUCUGUGACUGCAAGCUCUCCAAGUUGAUCGAGAUAUCCAAAAUGUCAGUCACGCCCGUGGUUCUCAUGGACCUGUUCCUGACCUGCAGUGCACCCGAGAACCUAUCUGGCGUCCUCUUUCAGCGCGCCGAACUUGACAAUUGUGUCAAGCCCUCCGUCAUGACGUCUGCGACCAAGAUUACGUCUCCGCUUGGUAGUAAUGUUCUCCUGCGGUGUGAUGCAACAGGGUUCCCGACACCAAGCCUUAAUUGGGCUCGGUCUGAUGGAUCACUAGUCAACAACGCAGUACAAGAGUCACCAGGGGACGGCAUCCAAUGGUCCAUCAUGAGCGUACAUGGGAUCCUACACAAGGACGCCGGGGACUACAUUUGCAAAGCCAAGAAUGACGCGGGUGCAGCAGAAGCCACCAUUUCCCUUUCAGUGGCUGGCACCAUGAGCACCACCAUCUCUACGCCGAUGCCUAGCGCCGGGACAGGAUCGACAAGUCCAGACUGGACGUACAAUCCGGAAAGAGAUUUGACGGUCUCGACCUCGGCCGUGCCCAUGGUCCAGACAACCGCAGUUGUAACCAAGUCAAAAACGACUUCUGGUGUUCAAAGGGGUUCGCUUAAACCUGCAAAGAUCCAACAAGGUGGUGGUGGACGGAAGUUUGUGUCAGACGAAAACAGUAAGAAAAGCGAUGCGUCAAACUUGGUCAAAGACUUGGAGAUUGUGGAGGAAACAUCUGACAGUGCGGUUUUAGUCUGGACGGCAGAGGGGCUACCCAAGAACUCUCCCCUCACUGUUGUUUACACACCGUACGGGGAAGAUGGCGAGGAUGACUACAAAAGAACAGUUGAGACUACUGCAGGCAGUGGCAAAAUUCUGCUGGAGGAGCUCUCACCUGGUAUGAGAUACUCGGUUUGCCUCGUGGCCAAGGGUAGUGCUGCCGCAAAAGACCCUUGCAUUGACUUCUACACGCUGGACAAUGAGGAGGAGGGAGGACAGAACCAAUUUUUUAUCAUCAUCAGUGGCAUUGCCUGCGCCUUGGCAAUGCCGCUCAUCGGCCUACUGCUCUACAAGAUCCUCGCCCUCUACUGCAAGGUGAGCGAGGCUACUCCGGAUGAAGAGGAACUGGAGAAGGAGAGCUAUAUCAAGUUCGAGACCAUCAACAUGAAGCAAAGGACCAUGAACCCUCACCCGACAGAGCUAUGGGCAAGGAGGCCCACCCACGAGUCGGAACGACUGUUGCUGUGCUCUCGCUCGAGUAUUGAUUCCCAGAUGACCUUCAAGAGUGACAGUUCCCGGUCUGAGUAUCUCUGCUGAGACCAGCAUGCCAUGCCUCAGAAAGAUGCUAUGGAUUUAAAUGCCUUUCAUAAUCCCUAUAAAAAUGAGAUUGAGAAGAUAAAACAUCCAUUUCAAAAGAUUUAGAUGAUGAUUUAGCUGUGGUAGGCCAUACAUGCUUCUGUACCUUGGCCUUCAGUGGGGAUUUACCCAACUUUAUCCAACUUUUAAAACCACUAAUGUCACAAUCAUAGAAACAAUCAAUACUUCACAAAAUGUGAUUGCCACAGACUUGUUUUGAUAGUCGAACUAGGCUUGCUGAUCAAUAGUCAGGUGACGAAAAAAUGCUAACAUUAUUGUGAGCCAGCUAGCAGCCCUGUGAGGUGAAUUUGAAAACUGAUUCAAAAAAUAGUCUCAUCGCCAAUAGUUAAAAUUACAUUAACCAGCACGACUGACUCUGAGGUUCAUAGGCAAAUUCGACUGACAUGGUAACAAUGGAGGCUGAAAUCUGAUUAGGUGCAAGCGAGAGAAAUGCUGAAAAUGAAGAGGAAAAAGAUCCACUACUGCAAUUUAGAAACCACAGUUUUCACACUGCUGCAGUUUUAUUCUUCUGACCGACUGAUAUUGUUAUGCAUGUCCUUAUCCAUCUUGUAGCCUUAUAUUUGUUUAAGGUUUUCUGAGAGUGUCACAACAAGCCAGCACCUUCGUUGGACUUGCUUGCAAUUCCAAGCAGUGUUUUUUUCUUCUUCUUGUGAUAUUCAAUGCCAAAAUAUAAGGGUUAGAUAUGAAUAUCAUAUGCUAGACUUGUCAAGUCAUUCAUUCGUAGCCAUUUCCUGUCACCCACAACAUAUGCCUUACCCGACAAAUGUUGAUAGAAUGUGACUCAUCUGAAUGGUUCAUUUUUAUAUGUACGAUCUUUGUUUUCAAGACUAUGAUGUUCUUUUGUUAUAA